CCGCGGCUGGUGAUGUGAAGAACCAGGUCCUUUAAACAUUUAUUUAAAAUCAUACUGACACAGGGCACAGAGCCACAGAGAGUUUAGUUCGCGGUCCCAGAGUGUAAGCAUUGUGUAAGCCAGUUUGAGAGGUUGUUGGUUCUUGUUGGAAACCAGUUUUCAACGAAAAUUGGGCGACUCACGAUUGUGCGAUUUUUUGUUCUGAAAGUUUGUAUUGUAUGCUCUCUUGGUGUUGGAUCAAUAUACCUGCGUUUUUAAAGUGAUUCUUAUGAUUUAACCGGAGUAUUUUUAGAUCUCUCGCUUAAUUGGAGAUUUUGGAAGUGAAUUAAGAAUAUUGUUAUCUUCCCAGCAAAACAAAAUCUAACAUGACGGUGUUGGCGUAUGAAAAUCUAUUUAAAGGCACUCUAUUUCAGUUACUUGCUGUUUUAUCAGGCACCUUAAACGCAAUCAGUGAUGGAAUGCAAUAUGGAUGGACUGCUCCAGUGUUACCCAUUCUCCUUGGUCCGGACUCGCCUGUGCCAAUUACAGAAUGGGAAGGUGAAAUGUUGGAAACUUUCUUAUGGGUAGGAUCGUUGUCGUGCCUACCAUUAACUAUGUAUCUUGUUGACAAAAUAGGAAGAAAAAAUUCGAUUUUAUUAGCAGCAGUACUAACACUAACAGUGUGGGUCAUUACAGCUUUAGCUCCGUCUGUAGAAUACCUGUAUGUUGCGAGGUUUUUAGCAGGAACGGCUAGUAAUACAGCUUAUGUCUCAACUCCUAUGUAUAUAGCUGAAAUAGCUGAACAAAAAAUUCGAGGAUUUUUGAGCAGUCUUAUUUACCUCAUGAUGUUACUCGGUAUAUUUUUGAUUUAUGCUGUAGCACCCUAUAUUCCUUAUUACGCCCACUGCACUCUAGGUGCAAUUUUGGCUUGUUUAGAACUUGGUAUCUUUCCAUUUAUGCCAGAAAGUCCUUAUUUCUUAGUUUUUAAAGGAAAACAUGAAGAAGCUAAAAAGUCUUUAGAAUGGUUAAGGCCUGAGGGUGCCGAUGUGGAAACUGAGCUUAAUGAAAUUAAUGCAGCAAUUGAAAGACAAAAGACAGAAAAAGAUAAAAUUUGGGAUUUGUUUAUAGUACCUAGUUAUAGAAAAGGAAUUAUUAUUAUGUUUGUUUUAAAUGGUGCUCAACAUUUCAGUAGCAUAAGUGUACUGUUAAUGAAUUUGCAUAUUAUUUUGGAGGCUGCUGGAUCAACAUAUAUAGAUCCAGCUACCGCUGGAAUAUUAUUUGCCUUUAUACUACUGUUAGCUGCUACAGUAGCUUCGGUUUCAGUUGAUAAAUAUGGCAGAAGAACUCUCUUAAUUUCGUCCAGUUUAUUAACUGGUAUAUGUCUUUUUAUACUAGCAGUUUACUUUACUGUAAAAAAUUCUGGGUAUGAUACAGCGUCCGUAAGUUGGAUACCUAUAGUAUGUAUUAUGGUGUACGCUUGUGUGUUCAAAUUAGGAUUAGGUCUAGUUCCUAUAGUCCUUGCUCCAGAACUCUUCCCUGCCAAUGUUAAAGGAUACGGUAUGACUUUAGUCGAUGCAACAUACGUUAUAGCUUCACUAUUGUCUCUCCAGAUCUAUCAGCGGCUAGCAGACAACUUUGGUUUAGAAUAUCCAUUUUAUGUCUUUUCAAUCAGCUGUAUAUUUACAGCCAUUUUUAGUUAUUUUGUUGUUCCCGAAACUAAAGGUAAAUCUUUGGAAGAAAUUCAAAUGAUUCUAAAAGGAAAUAAUAAGGAAAAGGAAAAGGAAAAAGAUAUUGAAAAUACUCGAGUUUGAUUACAGUAAUACAUAAUAAUUGUACUGUUUUUUGUUAUGCAUUCUGUGAAUACGACAACUAAAAUGUGAUUCAUAAAAAUUAUUUGCCCAAUUUUUAGGUUAGAUUGUUAAUAGUAUUGUGAUAUAUUUUUGUAUAUAGUAGGUAACUAAUUUAUUGUAAAAUAAAAUAACUGUAAAUUAUAUUGUAGUAUAAAAUUUAGAAAUAAAAUAUUUUUUUUA